UCCAUCUCUUCACUGAGAAGAAUUCCUCAUUUGAUGGGUGACGUCGUGCCGACGCAGCCAUCACGUUGGUGGAUUCAAUAUAUAAAUACUCAGGUCCCCUCUUCUUUGCAGUCCAGCUUUGAAUAUACUUUUUUAGAAUUCAUGCCCAUGUCAUCCAUCCCUACAACAGGCAACCGCACCAAACUUGCUUCUUCUUUGGCGGCUUUUCUCAAAGAAGACGGUAAAGAUCUCCAUUUGGGCGGAGAUGAAGACUUCCACGCAGAACGAAGGAAGCACACUGAAAUACUAGGGAUUCACAGGAUUCAAGGAGCCCUUGAAGUCCCUAUCGGAGAGGUUCAAUUUACUGCGAUUAGGGGCCCGCACGGUUGUAUACCCCUUCGAAUCUUGAAGCCUAGUAAUCCAGGUGACAGGGCCUUGGUAUAUAUGCAUGGAGGCGGGUAUACCGUUGGAUGUGCAGAUGACUUUGAGAGGGGUCUCAGAGUUGUCGCCGAAGAGUCGGGUUUCACAGUAGUGAUCGUCGAGUAUAGACUAGCACCCGAGUACAAGUUCCCCACUCAAUUGGACGAAUACGAAGCAGUCGUGGCCUGGCUCCAAGGCGAAGAGGGAAAGAAGAGAGGGAUCAAGAAGGUUGUGGGAGGAGGCGACUCGGCAGGUGGAAAUAUGACGGCAGCUCUUGCCCUUCGUUUACAUGACCAGAAAAAGGCAAACCUCGCAGCCCAAUUGCUUCUCUACCCCGAAGCUAGGGUCCCUUUUGACACUAAAGCCUGUGCCGAGAAUAAUUCGGGAUAUUACCUCGAGGCAAAUGGUAUCUUCUCAUUUGCCGACCAUUAUUUGCCUCGGGGUGUUCCUCCUUCGGAUAGGUACAUCUCCCCGGGAAUGCAAGAUGUUGGGAAUUUGAAAGAUUUGCCGCCAACAUAUGUCUUCACCGCUGGUUUUGACCCGUUGCGGGAUGUAGGUGUCGAGUACGCUCACAAAUUGCAAGAGGCCGGCAAUGAAGUUGUUUGGAGACAUCGCCCUGAUCUCACGCAUGGUUUCCUUCAAUUCGGGCACUGGAGCGAAGAGUGUGAAGAGGCAACCAAGGAGGUCGGGAAAACUUUGAAAGAUCUAUAAUAAUCAUCAGGAAAUCUUAGAAAGGAGGGUUGUAGCGCCACUUUAGUGCAAAAUCAGUAUUCAUUCGAUAUUUUAGGAUGAAUGCCAUGGAUAAAUGUCAACAAGCAGGGCCCAUUGGUAGAGGAAAUCCAUGAUAUCUGCAAAGUUUAACAUAUCUAUAAUGCAUACGCAGA